AACGCGAGAAUUGCCAAACUUGCGUUGAUCACUUGACGUCUGUUCUUGCAUUGCAAACUUGCUAUCCGUCUUCGUAACCCGAAUUCUGGUCCUCACCGAAGCAUUUUCAUUUUUUUACAUCAAUUAACUGAUCAAUCAUGUCUGACGCCGCUGCACCCGCCGCACCCGCUCCCGCUGCUCCCAAAGCUAAGAAAGCAAAGAAGGUGAAGAAAGCUUCGAGCCAUCCUCCCUACAUUGAUAUGAUUAAGGAAGCCAUUGUGAAGAGCGGAGAAAGAAAGGGUAUCUCUCGUCAAGCGAUCGUCAAAUACAUUGGAGCCAACUACAGUGUAUCUAUCCAAGAUAAUGUUAUCCUGAAACAAAUUAAAUUGGCGAUUAAGAGAGGUGUCACCAACAAUGUUCUGAGACAGCUGAAAGGAAUUGGAGCUUCUGGUUCUUUUAAAGUUGCUCCUGGUAAAAAAGAAGAAGCUAAGAAGAAAAAGAAGAAGCCGGCGGCCGCUAAACCAAAAGCGAAGAAACCUAAGACAGCCGCUAAGAAAAGUGGCGCGAAGAAAGCCGCUAAGAAACCAGCUAAGAAGGCAGCUAAGAAAUCGGCCACGAAAGCUAAAAGUCCAAAGAAAGUUAAGAAGCCUAGUGUCAAGAAACCCGCUGUUAAGAAAACCGCCAAACCUGCCAAGAAGAAGCCUGUAAAGAAGGCCGCAGCCAAGAAGAAGUAAAUGAACUUUACAAAGAAUAUAAAAAAAAACUAUU